AUGAGUCGCGGGUCAAGUGCUGGAUAUGACCGUCACAUAACCAUUUUCUCUCCAGAGGGCCGACUGUAUCAAGUCGAGUAUGCCUUCAAAGCAAUAUCCAAUUCUGGAAUGACAUCCGUUGGCGUUCGUGGAAAAGAUUCUGUUAUAAUCGUAACUCAAAAGAAGAUUCCGGACAAGUUGCUUGAUCCAUCAACGGUGACUCAUAUUUUCCGACUGACACCAUAUGUUGGGUGUGUUAUGACAGGCAUGAUCGCUGAUGCGCGUGCUCAAGUUUCCCGAGCACGUAGUGAAGCAGCUGAAUUUC